ACAGCUCCUAACACGUGACGGAGCUUGUGACCUCCAUGGACGAAUAGCCACGAAAGAAAACAGAAGAUGUGCCUCGGAGGAGCAGUGCGGUAAGAUCUGAGCUCCUCUGUAAGAUUUUCCAAGUCUGUCGCUGAGGGAAGCUGAAUAAUCCUAGUGGAGAGCUGACAGUCGGUGAACAGCAUGCGGAGACAUACAAAGUGUGUCUGUGUUGUUUUACCAUUCCACCGCUGGUUGAACUAAGCUGAAGUCCCGCUAGACUUUUUCCAAGCAGGUCUGAUGAAUGCCCUUGUGGCUCUCUGCCACUUCUGUGAACUGCAUGGUCCACGGACCCUUUUCUGCACUGAAGCCCUCCAUUCCCCAACCCCGCUUGAAGCUGGAGGCCUCGGGUCUGGAUCCGGACUGUCCUGUCAAGAUGGUUCUUCUCCACCCAGUCGGGGCUCCAACCCCCUUCCACAGGGGGAAGGUGAAGGGGAAAGUGAAGGUAUCACCAUAACGGCAUGUGCCAGAGACCCCAAUCUCAGCCAACAGAACUCGGCAGCAGGAAGCCCAGCUCCUCAAAGAGCUGAUAUGUGUGAGGGAUGCCGAUCACUUCCUGCUGGUCACCCUGGUUUCAUCAGCCAUGACAGAGAGACAUCUAUCAAAUACGUUAGCCACCAACAUCCUCAGCAUCCCCAGCUGUUCAGUAUUGUCCGACAGGCCUGUGUGCGAAGCCUAAGCUGUGAAGUAUGCCCAGGUCGAGAAGGCCCGAUUUUCUUUGGAGAUGAGCAGCAUGGGUUUGUCUUCAGCCACACCUUUUUCAUUAAGGACAGCCGGGCACGGGGAUUUCAACGCUGGUAUAGCCUGGUUCUUGUUACCAUGGAUCGCAUUUACCUCAUCAAUUCGUGGCCUUUCCUGUUGGGCCGGGUCAAGACAAUAAUUGAAGGGCUACAGAGCAAAGCUCUCAAGGUCUUUGAGAGUGAGCAGUUUGGCUGUCCUCAGCGUUCGCAGAGGAUUAACACCGCAUUCACUCCUGGAGCAUUUCCACAUCAGCGCAGUGGCAACGCGGCUCGAAGCCUGACCUCACUAACAAAGGAGAGUGCCCUGUGGGCCCACCUGCACAUCUCCUUUUCUUGGUUGCUGAAGGCCUGUGGUAGUCGUCUGACCGAGAAGCUUCUUGAGGGGGCACCUACUGAGGACACCCUUGUGAUGAUGGAGAGACACGCCGAGCAAGAGGAGGAACGGAUUGGCUGGGAAGGUGCUGAAGGUGACAGCCCCCAAACUGCAGAGUGCCAGUCAGAGAAUGCGAAGGAGAAAAACUGGCCAUCAGUCCUUACCCAUCUUCCAGAGUGGAGUGACUCCAGCCGACGGGAAGAAUACCGGGGUUCAAAGUUCAAGUCUCUGCGACAUAUGAGACAGGUCUUGGGAGCUUCUGAUUUUAGGACCUUAGCCUGGCAUGUCCUAAUGGGAAACCAGAUGAUAUGGAGGGGAUCCGACCCUCAUCUGAUCCAAUCUGCUUUUGAUGUACUUAAGGCUUUGCUGCCCGUAGGCUGUGUGCGCUGCAUUUCCUACAGCAAUCAGUAUGAGGAGGCUUACCGGUGUAACUUCUUGGGACUGAGCCCUUCUGUGACCGUCCCAGCACAUGUGGCUAAUUCAGAAUUCAGUGUCCUUGUGGAUGUUCACCCCAGAACUCGCAUGAUGGUCCUGCCUGCCGCUGACGAGGAGCUCCUAUCCCAGUAUGAAUUCACCGUGACCAGUGGCAGCCCACUGCUUACUGACAAAGGCCCAACACUACUGAACAAGUUAGAAGUGGCUUUAUCCAAUGAGAACCUCUCGGUUCAGGUGGUCGACCACUGUCUCCUAUGCCUGAAGGAAGAGUGGAUGAACAAAGUGAAGGUCCUGUUCAAAUUCACAAAAGUGGACAGUCGGCCAAAGGAGGACACCCAGAAGCUGCUUGGCAUUCUGGGAGCUGCCGACGAGGACAACAUUCAGCUUUUGAAAUUCUGGAUGACAGGACUGAGCAAAACCUACAAGUCCCACCUUAUGACGGCGGUACGGAGCCCACAGCCCAUCUGAUCUGAGUAGGGACGAGCUGCAAAAAUCUAAACUCGUGUCACAGGGCUUAAAAGGUUGGGAUUUUUCAAUUCAGCUGCAAUGUCAGUGUUGAUGGACCCAGAAAGUCGAUGCGACCUUAGGAGCUUGCAGGUCUAGUGUUUAAUUCCACACACUUUUAGGUAGUUGAUUGAUUUUUCUUUUUCUUUAAAGCUGAACCUUUGCUAAAACCCUCAAGGUUAUUUAUUUCCCCUGAAAUGUUUCUUUGGCAGGCCCUUGCGCCUCCUGUAUUAUAGACAAGCUGUAAAAAUAUACCAAAUAAUUCAGACGCACACAAAGACGCCUGAGAACUAAAGUGUGACUUUGUGUCCCCGUCUUCAUUUGCUACCUUAACUUGGCCAGAUUGCCCUAACAGCAUCGGUCUCUUCAGCUCCUCUUUUUCAUCGUCGGCCUUUUUUGCAAUAAGCCACACGCGUCACACUUGCAUGCUGAUCGAGUCUUGUACAUGUUGCUGUAUAUACUGUAUAUAUUGUUGCCAUUAAUAAAAUUAUUUUACACAA